CCGGGCCGCGCGGGUGGAUCCACGGCCAUCGCCGCGGGAGCCGCGGGCGGCGGAGCGGAGCCGACAGGGCCACCGGCCCCGGGACCAGCCGACCCACCUGGACACCCCGCACCCCGGACCCGGGGGACACCCCCAUGGCCGCGCGGGGCCCCGAAGCCCCCAGCGGGCGCGCGCUGCGGGACGCGGCAGAAAAUCUAUUUCAGGAACUUCAAGAACACUUUCAAGCUCUGACUGCAACGUUAAACCUCAGAAUGGAAGAAAUGGGAGGUCGCAUUGAAGACUUGCAGAAGAAUGUGAACGACUUGAUGGUGCAAGCUGGGAUUGAAAGUUCUGCUCAAGAGCAAAUGGCGAGGCCGUAUUAAGGCACUAAGAUGUUCACCGUCUACGUAUCUUCUGCUUUCGUCUUGAAGCAUUCAAGCCCAUAUUUGUUCACUAAGGGAGCUACUGCUUCUGCACUACAUGAAAACCC